UUUUCCUCGGGAUUUUGCUCAUAGAACGGCGACCGCGUUUUUUUCCCCGCGAUGCUGCGCUUUCUUUUCCCGCUUCUUUUCCUUUGUGGCCUUUGCGCUGCUGCGAAGCCCAGCAUUGCCGGCCGAAGUAUCUAUUUUAUUGUAACCGACCGCUUCGCAAGAAGCGGGCCUGACAAGGAGAACUACGAGUUUUGCGACCUGGCCACGUCUCCGGACCCUCGCGCGGGCAACGGGGGCGCCUGGUGCAAUGGCACGCUGCAAGGCAUCAGGGAGCAGCUGGACUACAUCGAGGGCAUGGGCUUCGAUUGCAUUUGGAUCACCCCGGUGGUAAAGUCCAUGGACUACACCGGCUACUUCGCCGAGGACUUCUUUGACAUUGACCCCCACUGGGGCACCAAGGCGGACUUGAAGGCGCUCUCCGCGGACCUGCACUCCCGCGGCAUGUGCCUGGUUGUGGAUAUCGUGGCUAACCACGUGCGACCAAUGACGGUGCAGACGGAUUACACGCCCACCGCCAUCAAGACGUACCUGGGGCCCGAGGGGAUCAACCCCUUCAACAAGACAGAGUACUUCCAUACCUACGGCAAGUCUCCCGCCGUCACCUUUCGGGACUACGUCAUGGGAGGCGUUGCCCAGGCGUCCCAGAGUCAGGGCAGCGACAAGAUUUUGGGCGAGCGAGUGAAGGCAGGCAUUACCAAGUGCGGGCCCACGCACAUGAACCUCACAGAGUGCAAUUGCUUCCCCGGGAACUUCGGCCCGGACUGCCCGGGCGCCAACCUGAAACUGCAGCUGGAGGGUUGGUUCGGACAGCUCGCAGACCUGAACCAGGAGCACCCGUAUGUGCGCAAGAUGCUUUUAGAGUACGUGCAGUACCUGGUCAGAGAGUACGACGUGGACGCCUUCCGUUUGGACACCGCCAUCUACAUGCCCCAGGACUUCUUGGCUGACCUUCAGCAGGCAGCAGGGGUGGACAUCUUGGGGGAGACGACGGUGAACAACAUCAGCUACCACGCCAGCUUCCAGCACGCUGGGCUCAGCGGCCUGCUGAACUUCCCGGCGUUCUACCAGGUGCAUGCGAGCUUCUGCCAGUACCACCUGGGUGGGGACCUGGGGAACUACCACUUGCAGGGCGCCUUCACCCCCCAGCUGCCGGACCUGCGGAAGCUGUCGGACAUCAUGCGGAACCAGGGCCCAGACAUCUACCCCAACCCAGACCUGUUGGGGAACUUCGUGGACAACCACGACGAGUUCGCCCGGAUCGGCUACUACUGCGACGGGGACUCCUAUCGCAUCAAGAACGCGCUGGCGGCCUUGUUUUUCGCGCGGGGCACGCCCAUCGUGUACUACGGCACGGAGCAGGGCCUCACCGGGCACCAGGCCAACGUGCUGGAGAAAGCAGCCCUGAAGAAGAAGAACGAGAUGGACAAGGGCCAGGCCUAUGUCCGCGAGUCCCUCUGGCAGACACGGUUCAACACCUCGACCUGGCAAUAUGAGUUCAUCCACAAACUGAACAAGUUGCGGAAGGAGCUGGGCAUGAACACCGGGGGCAAAGGAAUGACGCUCAUCUCUGCAGCCUGGGACAGUCUCGUCUUCACACGCCAGCCUGACGACGGAGGAGAUGAUAUUUGGAUCUUCGUGAACAACAACCAGAACUGGACUGGUGUUUCUCCUUUCCUCUACUGCCCUGCGCCGAACGAGCACGAGUCAUGGUACGAUGCGCUCAGUGGAAAGCGGGCAUUCCUGCGAAACGGCUGCUAUAUGGCCGAGAACGGUGACCCCAAGGUCCUGGUGAGACGAAGCCGGAUGCCGGUGAUCUACACCGUCGAGCGCAUCGACGAGCAGGUUUGGAUCCUUUGGGCACUGGUGGUUCUGCUGUGUUGCUGCAACGCGGGCCUCUUUUGGAUGUUCCGCAAGCAGCGUGCAAAGGUCCAGCGCUACGAGGACAUGGAGGUCUUUAUCUCGGAGGAUUCGGACGACGACAAAUGCUGAGCAGAAUUUUCCUAAGCGCUCAGCACAGGCUGUCGCAAGCGAGUAUACCUUUAUAUCAUGCCCUCUGGGCCCAAAUGAGGAAUGGGUGAAACCAAUGGUGUCAGAAGUGGCCCCUUCUGAAAAAAGGGGGGCACACUCAUGCGGGUUUAUUGUUGGAGACCCCAUGCGGAUUCAUACCAUUUUUUGCUUGCCC